AUGUCGCACUCAACAUCACAAGGCUGGCCGGCCAUUCCCGAGAUCCACUUGCAUCCGACGGAUUUACCCCGAGAUGAACUGCCGGAAGAAACAAAGGGAUGGCUUCUUUUCGUACGGGAAGAAUCCGAAUCCCAGCCAGUCUCGACCCCGGAAGACGGGCUGCGACAACGGCGCGCCCUUAUUGAGAAAUGGGCUACUGCCAGUCAAGAAUUCCGCGAGUCUUACCAUGGCCGUGCCCCAGCAUACACCUCAGCCCGCGACUACCCGGCCUCAUUACUCUCACAGCAAGCCCCGCGGCCCAGCAAGCGGUUCCUGUGUCUGGCACCCGUAGACCGCGAGACUCAUCCCCGGGACUACAUCCACCUUGUGAAGUUUCUGAUUCUGCUGUACGUUCAUCAAGGGGAAUGGAAUGGGCCGCAUCCCUUUGACCUGUCAGGCGUGGGCAACGCGCCGCAAUGCCACAUUCCAGAGUUUGUUAGCCGCGCCACACCUAUCGCGCUCGACGAGAUCCUCUCCGAGCUGUACCUCUUCUCGGCGGAUUUCCACGCUCUCUCGAUGACCCGGGCCGGCACGGUUGUGUUCGCCGAUGGGCCGUACUACACGUGGUACGUGAUCGAUGAGCCAGGGCUUCUCACGGGGCGGUUAACGCUGGCUGAGUUUGGUUCCAAUGGCAGCGUCCGCGCCUCGACUCUCCGUCGACCCUGGAAUAUGGGCCAGACGAUGUCCUUUAGUCAGAUUAUGGGCCGACGAGUCUUGGAAUUAUUAAUGUCCGGUAUCGGGGGCCCGCCGCAGUAUAAUGAACCCUUGGAUAUGGACCUUCCUAUAAUUGAGCUUUUGGAAGUUACACGACAGACCAAUAAGUUCCUCUUCGAGGGCUACGGCAGUCGGGAUCUGUGGGUGAGCACUAUCGAGCAGAGUGCGCCCGGGUAUCUGAGCUUAGAGGCCCAAGGACGGGAGCUGGAAUUCAACCUUGAUCAGUUGCUUGAUAUUAGUUAG